GGGAGAGGCGACGAGAUGACGAGAGGUCGUCCCAUGUGAUGCCACUGAGGUCUGACAGACUGUGCCUGUCUGUUAUGGCUCCUCCUGCUACAGUAGAGCAGAACUAGACGUAACACCAGUGCAGGGGAACGGGAGCAACACACAGCGAGACAUUUCUCUGAAGCCUCAGUUAAAGAUGGCAAAUCGUGCAAUGCUGAAUAGAAAGACAUAGACGGCGGGCUUAGAGUCGCCUCUUCUGCUGCGAAGGCUUCCGACAUUUCCUUCAGAUUAACAACACCCCAAAUGAACUCCGUCAGAGCAAGUAACGUUAGCAGAAGACCUAGGCGAGUAUCGAGGCCGCGCCCGGUGCAGCCGGAGAGGAACCACCAGGAAAGAGAUGAGGACGUUCCUGCAGAUAUGGUUGCAGAAGAAUCUGGUCCAGGAGCUCAGAAUAGUCCCUAUCUACUUAGAAGAAAGUCUCUACCCAAGAGAACAGUGUGUCCGACAAAGACAAACAUGGAGGGUGCUUCCACUUCAACGACAGAAAACUUUGGACACCGACCUAAGCGCCCCAGAGUUUCAGGAAAGUGUCAAGAUUUACCGGCAGCUCCAGCAGAGCAAUAUUUGCAGGAGAAGCUUCCAGAUGAGGUGGUGCUAAAGAUCUUCUCAUACUUGUUGGAGCAGGACUUGUGCCGUGCAGCAUGUGUGUGCAAGCGCUUCAGUGAGCUGGCCAAUGACCCCAUCCUCUGGAAGAGGCUAUACAUGGAAGUUUUUGAAUACACGCGACCCAUGAUGCACCCUGAGGCGGGGAAGUUCUACCAGAUAAACCCAGAAGAAUAUGAGCAGCCAAACCCAUGGAAGGAGAGUUUUCAGCAGCUGUACAAAGGUGCCCAUGUGAAGCCAGGCUUUGCAGAACACUUCUAUAGUAAUCCUGCCAGAUACAAAGGGAGAGAUAACAUGUUUUACUAUGACACCAUUGAGGAUGCCCUUGGCGGGGGUCAGGAGCCUCACUUUGAUGGCUUGAUAUUUGUUCAUUCUGGUAUUUACACAGAUGAAUGGAUCUACAUUGAGUCCCCUAUAACAAUGAUUGGAGCUGCUCCUGGAAAAGUAGCAGAAAAGGUGAUUAUUGAGAAUACCAGAGACUCCACAUUUGUAUUCAUGGAAGGCUCAGAAGAUGCUUACGUUGGAUACAUGACCAUUCGGUUCAAUCCUGAUGAUAAAUCUGCCCAGCACCACAAUGCUCAUCACUGCUUGGAGAUUACAGUAAACUGCAGCCCCAUCAUUGACCACUGCAUCAUACGCAGCACAUGCACAGUGGGGUCAGCUGUCUGUGUGAGUGGCCAGGGUGCUUGUCCCACGAUCAAGCACUGCAACAUUAGUGACUGUGAAAAUGUUGGUCUUUACAUCACAGACCAUGCACAGGGAAUAUAUGAGGACAAUGAGAUCUCAAACAAUGCUCUGGCUGGGAUCUGGGUGAAGAACCAUGGUAACCCCAUCAUCAGACGGAAUCAUAUCCACCAUGGCAGAGAUGUAGGAGUUUUUACAUUUGACCACGGCAUGGGUUACUUUGAGAGCUGCAACAUCCAUAGGAACCGUAUAGCCGGCUUUGAGGUGAAAGCCUAUGCCAAUCCAACUGUGGUUCGCUGUGAGAUCCAUCAUGGUCAGACUGGGGGCAUCUAUGUACAUGAAAAGGGGCGUGGUCAGUUCAUUGAAAACAAGAUCUAUGCAAAUAACUUUGCAGGGGUGUGGAUCACCUCAAACAGCGACCCCACAAUAAGGGGCAAUGCCAUUUUUAAUGGCAACCAAGGUGGCGUCUAUAUUUUUGGUGAUGGCCGAGGCCUCAUAGAGGGGAAUGACAUCUAUGGUAACGCCCUAGCAGGAAUCCAAAUCAGGACAAAUAGCUGCCCUAUUGUCAGGCACAACAAGAUCCACGAUGGCCAACAUGGUGGCAUCUAUGUGCAUGAAAAAGGACAAGGAGUGAUAGAAGAGAAUGAGGUGUACAGCAACACAUUGGCAGGAGUGUGGGUGACAACGGGCAGCACGCCAGUUCUGAGGAGGAACAGGAUACACAGCGGGAAGCAGGUUGGGGUCUACUUUUAUGACAAUGGCCACGGUGUGCUGGAGGACAAUGAUAUCUACAAUCACAUGUACUCUGGAGUUCAAAUAAGGACCGGCAGCAAUCCCAAGAUCAGGCGCAACAAGAUCUGGGGUGGGCAGAAUGGAGGCAUUUUGGUUUACAACUCGGGCUUAGGAUUCAUUGAGGACAAUGAAAUCUUUGACAAUGCAAUGGCCGGAGUGUGGAUCAAGACAGACAGCAACCCCACUCUUCGUAGGAAUAAGAUCCACGAUGGGCGAGACGGUGGCAUCUGUAUAUUCAAUGGAGGAAGAGGUUUGCUUGAGGAGAACGACAUCUUCAGAAAUGCCCAAGCAGGUGUUCUCAUUAGCACCAACAGUCACCCCGUCCUGAGGAAAAACAGGAUAUUUGAUGGCUUCGCUGCAGGUAUUGAAAUCACCAACCAUGCCACAGCGACUCUAGAAGGCAAUCAGAUCUUCAACAAUCGUUUUGGUGGAUUGUUUCUUGCAUCUGGUGUCAACGUUACAAUGAAAGAUAAUAAAAUAUCAAACAAUCAAGAUGCCAUUGAAAAAGCUGUGAGCAGAGGUCAGUGCCUGUACAAGAUUUCAAGUUACACGAGCUACCCAAUGCACGAUUUUUACAGGUGUCACACCUGUAACACAACAGACCGGAAUGCCAUUUGUGUGAACUGCAUCAAGAAGUGUCACCAAGGACACGAUGUGGAGUUCAUCAGACACGAUAGAUUCUUCUGUGACUGUGGUGCAGGGACAUUGUCAAAUCCUUGCACGUUAGCUGGAGAGCCGACACAUGACACAGACACACUGUAUGAUUCUGCUCCCCCUAUAGAGUCCAAUACGCUGCAGCACAACUGAGCUCCUGACAUCCCUUUGUGCUUUAGCAGUAAUGGACAUAAGACACUUUUAUGUUGUGCAGUGGAGGAGAAAAUCCAAACUAAAAUACAGAUUCAGACAGAGCAUAUACAGAAACUUUUAAAGAAACAUUUGGGACAUGAAUAUGCUAAAAGGAGACAUUUAGGGGAAAAAAGGUCUUGAUAAUGGAUGCCUCGCUUUUGCUUUUUCUUCAAUCAUUUGACAAAAAAAAAAAAAAAAAAGACGUAAAUCGGACAGAGGAGAGCAGCUGACUCAGGGUUUGUGGGUGGAUUGAUCUUGUCACUUAAGUGACACUGGAGAGAUGGACAGAAACCAGAGGCUCAUCUUCUACAAAAAAAAAAAAAAAAAAAAAAGCAUAAGAACAAGAUUCUGCAGUCAGUCAUGUACAGAUUCAUCGUUGACAGACACCAAGUCAGAAGAGGCAAACUGUUCUCAUGAGAGGCAAUGGCCCCAAAUUCAACAAUGCUUCCAUCACUGGGCAACUGACGUGCUCGUAUGAUGCAUACGAGGAAAAUGACCUGGCACUUCAGCUUUUUUUGUUUUGGUUUUCCCUCAAAACAGCUGUUGAGAUUUGAUUUUAAUGCUUUUUGUGUAGUUUUGUAUUUUCAUGCAAAAAUUUUACUGUACUUGAAUGUCUUUAUUUUAUUAAAUGUGUUCAUUUUUUUUUUUUAUUUCCCAGAAUUGCUGUAAUUAUACUUAAUGUCGCAGUAUCUAACUUCUUUCUGUGAAAGAGAUCAGAGCAAAGAGAGGAAAACACUAACAGUUUUCUCCAGCAACGUUGUCUCAUUUAGACUUGUAAUACAGAAAAAUAGAUGUUGAAAUGUGCUUUCGCAAGACUUGGAUGUUUCACGAGACAUGAAUGUCUAAAUUGUAAUAUUAAUUUUCUUUACAUAAUCUAUGCAUAUUGUUUGUUUAUGUAUGUUGGCCUCUUUCACAUCAUACAGGAGAAUCUGAAAUUCAGGAUAUGGGGCCAAAGGGAUUUUUUUUAUUUCAUGUUAAGCCAGAUAACUCAAUUAUUUUAAACUCUGCCAUUAGGCCAUUUUAAUGUCAAUUGAGUAAAUCCACAUACCUUUGGUCCUGUAUCAAAUGCUGCUUCAUGGCCUAGUUUUUUUUUUUUUUUUAAACAAUCAGUCUUGUGAAAGCAUAGUUCCUUUUUGAUGGUUUUCAUUAACUUGCCAACAUUGCUGGAGAAUGUAACAGCUUUUACUCUAUGGAAGCUGAGACAAGUAUCUAUAUACAGCGCUUUAUGGUUUAAUUGCCUGACCCCCCCACACCCCUUCCUCCCCAUUCAUUCAUGUGUACUGGUGAUUGUGGGUUCUCAUACAGACUGAAAUGUAUGCAUGUAUCAUAACAUUUAGACUUAAUAUAUUGUGAAGUAUUCAAUAACCGUUGUGUAGGAGAUAGUGUGAAUUAAAAGGGUUUAAUUUCCUAGAUGAAACAUUGUCAUUUUUUUUUAAAAAUAAACUUUAUUAGAUCA